UUGUUAAUGCAACGGCGCUGGCGCCUGAUAACGCAACACCAAACGUUCUGACCAAACGGGCCACGCAACCUCCCCUCCGAGAAUUCGUCUCCAGCUCCACCAAAGACGAUAACAAUAACUACGACGGCACCAUGGCCAACUUCGCCCGCUCUCUCAAGUCGCCGUACCUCUCGCCCCGGCUGCGACCUUCUAUGCCCGGCCGAACCGUCUCCAGCUCCUCCGACAUGUCCACCAACAGCCCGCUCUCUGAGGACUUUGCCGACGUGGCCAGCUCCGGACGAAACACGCCGACGCUGCCGACCAGACGAGUCCCAGGUCGGGACGGGUUCUGGGAUUCAGAAGACGCCGGGUUUCCGGGCGCCCAUAUUCGAGCAAAGCCUCGACAGCAAAGCCUCGACAGCAAAGGCGGUGACAACCUCGUUGGGACGCUGGUCGAGUAGCAUCGCAUCGACUUCAACAAAUGCCACCCCAAGAUGCAAUGGCACUCCCCAAUCCCCCUUCUCCGGAACGCCACAUCCACAUGCACAUCCACGCACCACCCACUCACUGAGACGGAGCAUACAGCAUGGAGCAUGGAGCACGCACCACCCCC